AUGUGUUACCAUGGGUCUCAUGUGAACAUUAGUGACAAUGUUAAGUUACACAAAAAUUUGUUCAAAAAUUGGGUGAAUUUCACAAGUGUCGUGCUGCUAACCAAUACAAUCAAAAUCCCAUGUAAUUGUUUUGAAAAUUGUUUCAGUCUAAAAACAAUAAAACUUCCCAAAAGUGUCACAAAAUUGUCCGAAUUUAGUUUCUAUGGAUGUGUAUCGUUGACAUCUAUAUUGUGUAACACAAAUGUCAUUCUUGGAAGAAAGUGUUUUAGUAUGUGUGAUAAUCUUGUUAGUAUCCCACAGACAAAAUACAUUUGCAAUUCGGUCUUUGAAAGAUGUUCUUCAUUGUCAAAAAUUAUACUUUUUGAUGGACUUGCAAAUAUUCCACAUUGCGCGUUCUUUAGGUGUUAUAAAUUGAGUGAAAUAAGUGUACCAAACUCAGUUACACACAUUAGCAAAUUUGCAUUCAAAAAUUGCAUUUCAUUGACAUCAUUUAACUCUGAAAGUGUGUUACUUGUAGAAGAUGGGUGCUUUAUGAACUGCGCAAAACUAAACACUGUUUGCUUCAAUCAGAAAAAAGUCCAAAUUAAAUUUGACGUGUUUUCUGGUUGUACUUCCCUUCAAGAAAUACGAAUUGGUAAUGCACCUAUCACGUGCUGUGAAUUUGAAGUAAGUUUUACAACAAGUAAAUACUUCUACGAGAAAAUUGGUGUUGUGUGUAAUAAUGUUGUUUUAACACGACGAGACGUCCACGCAUUUGUGCCAUCAAUACUUAACGAAAAGUGUAUACAACGUGUGGAUGAAGGCUGUUUCUUCAAUAACAGAAGUUCUACAAAAUUAGUUUUUCCUUCUCACAUCAAGUCUGUUGGAUAUUACAGUUGCUUUAGUUGUGCCAAUUUAAAAGAAGUUGUUCUUCCUGAAGGAAUCACAGAAAUCCCAGCACAUAUGUUUGACUUGUGCACAUCACUAAGUUCUAUUGCCAUACCAACCACUGUAACUAAGAUUGGCACCAACUGCUUUUUCUCUUGUGACUUACUUCGUGAUAACUCGAUGAUACCAAAAGAAGCUUUUAAUAUCGGAAUUGCCAAAAAUUUAGACUCUGACGAUUUAGAGUCCGAUUUUGAGAGCGAUUCAAACUCAAAUUACUCAAAUUAA